GAGUACUAAAUAUGAAUUGAUUGUUACGUACGCAUCGUUUAUUAUAUGUCAGCAACGCGUUAGAUAAGGUCAGUCGCUGCUAGCUUCUGAACGGACAGAUUUUAUUUGUUCAUUGACCUGACGAGUGUGGCUGUGCGCUGGCGCACUCGUCACGUAUGAGUCGCGAGAAAGGAAGUUUAGUUUUGCAGAUUGUGAAUUAAGUUGUCAAUCGAACAGGUGGACCAGAAUAAAUAAACGUAAUAUUUAUUGCUGUGUACAUUUAGUGUUAUCGCUAGUAACGCGUUUGUCGGUCACAAAAUGCGGUGCAAUUAUUUGCUUUACGCUGUUUGCCUCGCUAUCCUGGAUACGUGGUCAUGGACGAGCGCCGAGCUUUUCACCGCUAUAUCGGAGGUGGAACCGCUACUGGAGACUCACAAGAGGAUCAUUGAUGACCUUGAUGAUUAUAUACAAAAAGAGGAGAAAAGAUUACACGUUUUGAAAAAACAUCUGAAUCUGUACAAGAAAGAACAUGGAAUGGCGAUGGAGGACAUUCCUAACUAUUUGGGGAAUCCCAUCAAUGCGUUCACCCUCAUCAAACGAUUGACAACUGAUUUAGAUUUUAUUGAAAAGAGCAUCAAGAUUGGAACCGAAUACAUAAAGAACAUAACGGUGAGCCACGCGGACGUGAAGUAUCCGACAUUGGAGGACUUGUCGGGCGCGGCGCAGGCACUCACUCGUCUGCAGGACACUUACCAGCUAGACAUAGGAGAACUAGCCGAGGGAAGACUCAAUGGAGUUGUUUAUAGUACUCCGAUGAGUGCGGGCGACUGCUACGAGUUAGGCCGCACGUUGUACAACGAGAAAGACUUUAGCAACUCUCUGCGCUGGAUGCUGGAAGCGCUGCGUAAAUAUAAAGAAGAGAACGAGGUGUACGACUUUACGGAGGUCGACAUAUUAGAGUAUAUUAGCUUCUCACAUUAUUUGUUAGGUGAGGUGAAGGCGGCGCUGCAAUGGACUAAGAAGCUGUUAGCUUUAGAGCCGAAGCAUCCUCGAGCUCGCGGCAACGUGCCGCACUUCCAGAAGACCAUCGCAGAGAAGGAGGCCAGGCUCAAGAGGAAACGGAGAGGGGAAACCGGAGAAGAUGAUGAAGAAGAAGACUCGAAGCCGAUGUCUUACCUCAGCAAAGAACGCAAAGUAUACGAAGCUCUGUGCAGGGGGGAAAUGGAAAUACCCAGCGAAAUAAGUCGAAGGUUAAAAUGUAGUUACCUGACAGAAAACCAUCCAUUUCUAAAGUUAGCGCCGAUAAAAAUGGAGCAGAUGUAUAUCGGGCCUGACAUUGUCGUCUUCCAUCAGGUCCUGAGUGAUGACGAAAUAGAACAUAUCAAGGAUAUGGCUAAACCAAGGUUCAAACGCGCGGUGGUCCACGACCCGAAGACAGGGGAACUAGUCCCAGCUCACUACCGCAUCAGUAAAUCGUCGUGGCUGAAGGACGAGGAGUCAGAUGUGGUGGCGCGCGUGUCGCGGCGUGUGGCCGACUUCACCGGCCUCACCAUGGACACCGCUGAGGAGCUGCAGGUCGUCAACUACGGCAUCGGAGGACACUACGAGCCGCACUUUGACUUCGCAAGGAAAGAGGAGAACGCCUUCAAAAAGUCUAGCGGAAACCGAAUAGCAACAGUUUUGUUUUACAUGUCGGAGGUGGCGCAGGGGGGCGCCACUGUGUUCACGGAGCUGGGGCUGAGUGUGUUCCCAGUGAAGAACGCGGCCGUGUUCUGGUUGAACCUGCACCCGUCGGGCGAGGGCGACAUUGCCACACGCCACGCCGCCUGCCCCGUGCUGCGCGGCUCCAAGUGGGUUUCAAAUAAAUGGAUCCAUCAAGGAGGUCAGGAGCUGCUGAAGCCGUGCAACCUGGAAUAUCAACGGGAAGAUGUUAUGCGCAAAAUUCCAAGACCUAUCCCUAGAACAUCGAGAUAGGACACAUUUAUUUUAAUAAAAUUACAUUUGUUGUACCUAAAUAUUCAGGGAAUUAAAUCGAAUAUAGGAAAGUGUCAAGAUUCAAUUAACUUGGAACCAAUGCACUCAAUAUGAGCUGUAUAUUUAAUUAAAAAUAACAGUUUUUUCUCUUGAAUAAUUACUUU